UCUAACCGCUACACCCUGCUCACCCAUGUUCGUCCUAUUCGACCUUUGCUUGUACGCAUGCGCAAUAAUUAACCUUGUCGGCACGGAAUAUUAGCGGACAAGAAGACAAGAUGACACUGUUUUCAGAGGCCAAGUACAAGUUCCUUCCUCUGUCAGAAGGCGACGACAUCCCCACACAACUCUUCCUACACGCCUGCAGCGAGAUAGUGCCUUUCUUUGGUACUUGGGUUCUAUUUGUGGCGACAAAUUGCGGCAAUUCAUAGGAACAUGAUUUUCUUUUCAGAUGUACUUGGAUCCACAGCGUUUAUGCCAGUGAAAUCUGAUAUCAACGGCAACAUACAGAGGCUACAGACGCAGUACGACACGGCACCAGACCAGUUUCCCACUCUCCAGAGUAUAGUUGAUAGUGAGAUAUCAGCCGGUACUAACAAAGGCAGCAAGUCAUGCACAGUUGGACUGCUCUGGCUCAAAAGGGCUCUGGAGUUCAUCUGUGUGUUUCUGGAGAGUGCGGUGGGAGGGGAGGAGGAUCUGGUCAAGUGUGCCAACAAAGCUUAUGACGAGUCCCUCAGGAAGUACCAUGGCUGGAUUGUCAAAGGCAUCUUCAGUGUUGCAGUACGAGCCGUGCCAUAUCACAAGGACUUUGUGACAGCACUCAAGAAAGAUGCAAGUGUGAGCAGCGAGACGUUGUACAGUGACAUGCAGGCCGCCCUGACACCACUUAGGGAGACCAUCAAUGAGCUGAACAGGUUCUACACCCUUAGGGGCCAACACUCCGAUGACACCGUCUGAAAGAAUAACUUUUCGUUAGUUCCUUGAAAUCAUCUUGAAGUCACUCCAUUGUGAUCUAACGCUCCAGUAAUACUUGCAACCAAAACACCACUUUAAAAUCAUUGUUCGAUUCGUCUAUUGUCUUCAUAAUUUUUGAAAUAACUCUUGUGCUCACUGAACCA